GACAAUCUUGAUGGGGAUUUACUUGGUAACUUCGUAUCAUCCAAAAGGCCCCCCUACAAAAGUAAGCCCACCCAAGCUAUCCCAGGUGAAAGCCCCGCCGUGGCCCCUGCGUGGGAGAAGAUGGACAAGCUUCAGUCGUCAGAGCUUUCCUUGGACACAAAGAGGAUGGGCGAGAAGAUGAGGCCAAAGUCUGGCCUGAUUGUCCGAGGCAUGAUUACCGGGCCCAUGGCCAGUUCCCCGCAGGAUUCCCUCCGCAAACGCUCCCUGAGGCGGUCCCCGGCCUUGAGCAGCACGACCCAGGCCCCCGAGGAAGAGAGCUGGAAAGUGCCUGGGCUCUCCACCCGUGCCCCAGCCUGUCCCACGGCCCAGGAGGGCCUGGCUUCCGGCACUGGCUCCCCUUCCAGGAGCCCCCUGGGCCUGCUCAGUGAGCUGACCUCAGAAAAGCGGAGAACCACGCCCGGCAGCCCCCCUCACUUGUCCGGCAAAGGGCUGCUGCAGAGGGCAAGCAGCAGGUGGCGAGAUUUCGCAGAGGAUAGCCCUGCUGUGGAUGGCGGCCCCGAGGCCAACGGGUCGCCCUUGAAGUUCUCCUUGCCAGGUGGGAGUUCCAGGCCGGCCCAGGAGAGGUUGGAAAGGACGUUCAAGAGGCAGGGGAGCCAGCCCCUGCCCCUCAGGAAAAAUCAGUUGCCAGUGCCCAACAAGGCUGAUGGCGAGCUGGGUGUCCUGCAGCUUG